UUGGAGGAAAAAAUGCUCGAGAAAAAUCUGCAUCCCAGUGCAACCCAUUGCCAAGUUGCUUUUUGGCAUGACUGCCGUAUGUAACAAGCUGUGGGUGCUGUGUUUGAGCCGUUGGCCCACUGUUUCCGUUAGCAGAUUGGAAAACUCCUCCUUGGGAUGUUUAGCUUUGGAGAAUCCACAAACCAUUCUGGUUUUCUGCUGCCCAUUCGUCUAUGACUCAUUGAACGUGGCAGGAGGUUUCUUGAGGUAUGCUUUGUGUAUGUGUUCCUGCCUGAUGUGGUCUUUCUUUAUUCACCCCUCCCUGCCCCAUUUUCCCACUAGGGCUUCCAGCAACCAUCGUGGGAAUCAUCUCUAUUGUGAACAGGGAUUUAUAUGGCAUUUUGAAGGCAUCUUCAUCAUUCUGCUGGAUUGAAGAUGAUCUUACCUUUUACAUCUCCACUGUGGCCUAUUUUUGCCUCAUAUUUCUCAUAAAUCUAGCCAUAUUCUUCGCUGUCCUUUAUCAAGUUAGUUUCAUGAAAUCUCAGAAGCACAGAGUGUUGAGAAGCAUAGUACUGCAUGACCUCAAGAGUGCUGCGAGCCUCAUCUUCCUGUUUGGUCUCACCUGGGGCCUGGCCUUUUUUGCUUGGGGCCCUGCGAGGACCUAUUUUUUGUAUCUCUUUUCCUUUUUUAAUGUGGCACAAGGAUUCUUUGUCUUUGUGUUCCACUGCCUAUUGAAGAAGAAUGUGAGAAAACACUGUCAAGACUGUUUGUGUUGUGGAAGGCUGCAACGGAAUAACAAAUCUGAUGGGCCCAGAAGAUCUGGACUAAAAUGUAAGGACAAGCAGCACCAAACACAAGAGAACUGUGAGGAUUUAUUGGUAAUACAGUCUCAAGCGGUAACCAUGCCACGCAAUCAGCCUCUGCCCACUCUCAGGGGCUCUGAAUGCAGGAACGAUUUCUUCACAAAUGUCCAAAGUGAUGGCUGUGAUGAAACUGCUUUAUCACCAAAGUACUGUGGUAGGAGACGACAUGACUCAACAUCAGAAACACAAGACUUUGAAUCCUGCCUCGGGAUUUACUAGCUGUAUGACCCUGGACCAGUCACUGGGGCCACCAUCUUUGUUGACGAUUUUGUCUCUAAAAUGAGUAAUAAUAUGAUAAUUUUUUCUCAGGGGCAUUGUAACAUCAAAAGAGAUGUUCAUGAAAUAUUUUGUAAACCUGAAGGCACCAUAGAAAUAGUAUUGUUAUUUUCCCAUUAAAGAGCAUAUA